AUGUCUAGCAGACUUAAAAGUUCUACUUUCGGAUCGAACAUUGACGUAUACAAAAGUCCGCCGAUAACAUUGUUUGUUGAUGGAAAGCACAAAUACUAUAUAUCGGCGUGUCUUGCCGCCCGUAUGUCAAAGGUAUUGGAGGACGCCAUGAGCAACCCCCAACAAGAGCCCAUGCAAUGUGAAUACCACUUCCCACCUGGUACCAAGAAGGAAAUGGUAGAAAGAUGGUUACAGUACGUUCAUACAGGCCAAUAUGACAGCUUUCCGGAUGCAACUUCAGAAACCAGUGGCACGAACGAAGAGAUGGAGUCUGUAUCUCCCAGCACCUUCCCGGAAGGUACGAUCAGCACCUGUUUGGCAGACACGAACGACGAAUCAGAGUCUGUAGCUUCCGACACAAUUCAGGAAGGUUUGCCUUCUCCAGAGCCUUCAGUAAACACUAAAAUUCUGUUUCCUUACUCUGUUAAAGGGUUCAUCACACAGAUGCGGGAUUACCGACGUGAUGGGAUCAAUCUCAGUUGCCCCUAUACCACGACCAAGUGUGACCCGUUCUGGGAGUUCUAUCAAAAGAGACCCGAGGGUGCCUACAAAGUGGAAUAUCCGAAUACGAACGCGAGACCGGCUUGUCGUGAAGCAUGCCUCAUCGGUCAUGCCAAUUUGUACAUCUUCGCACAACACAUGCAGAUGCCUGAAAACCCACUGGAAGAUACCUGCUUGUGGACAAUGUUCUUUCUACUUCGCCAAUUCGAUCAUGAAAGCGACAAAUUCAGCACACUUGCUAAAUUGAUUGACUUGAUUUACAGGAAUACCACUCAAAGUCUCAAACUGACGACAAGGCCAGAGAACUUGUUGCACAGUACAUUUCGCUUUUUGCUGAAUAUCUGGAAGACAAGCUAG